GAAAAUGGGCCUACAGUGAGAAAUUGAAAAUAAUGAUGAGCGCCAUGUCUGAUCCUCCGCUUGUGGAAUAGAGCGGACGCCAGAGCGAAUAUUUCCCGGGCCGGGGGUCCGCUCGGGGUUCAGUGCGAAUCAUGGCCGACAGCGCUGGGAUUCAGCAAGGUUCGCCGGCCAUCGGAGCUGCGGGCUUGGUUCCAGCCGCUCCUGGAGCCGGGGGGACGGAGGGCUCCGGCGCCGCUGGAGGAUCCGCACGAAUCGCCGUGAAGAAGGCGCAACUCCGCUCCUCACCUCGGCCGAAGAAACUGGAAAAACUCGGAGUGUAUUCAUCCUGCAAAGCUGAAGGAGCCUGUAAAUGUAAUGGCUGGAAGAGUCAGAACCCCCCUCCUACACCUCCACGAACUGACCAGCAGUCCAACACAGUCAACCUGCAGGAGCCCUGUCGCAGCUGCUCUCAUACUUUGGGUGAUCAUGUGACCCAUCUAGAAAAUGUUUCUGAGGAGGAAAUGAAUAGACUUUUAGGCAUUGUCCUGGAUGUGGAGUAUCUCUACACAUGUGUUCACAAAGAGGAGGAUGCUGACACUAAACAGGUCUACUUUUCCCUCUUCAAACUGCUGAGGAAAUCAAUUCUACAGAUGGGUAAACCAAUGUUAGAAGCACAGGAGAGUCCUCCGUUCGAAAAACCCAGCAUUGAACAGGGGGUUAACAAUUUUGUCCAGUACAAAUUCAGCCACCUGCCAUCAAAAGAACGUCAAACCAUUAUGGAGUUGGCCAAGAUGUUUCUCAACCAGAUCAACUACUGGCAGCUGGAGACGCCCUCCCAGAGGCGCCAGCGGGUGCCCAAUGAUGACGCAGCUGGAUACAAAGCCAAUUACACCAGAUGGCUGUGCUACUGCAAUGUACCUCAGUUCUGUGACAGUCUACCCCGGUACGAGACCACCCAGAUCUUCGGCCGGACACUGCUGCGUUCAGUUUUCACUGUGAUGAGGAAACAAUUGCUGGAGCAGGCCAGACAGGAGAAGGACAAGCUGCCACCUGAGAAACGAACUCUCAUUCUCACACACUUUCCCAAGUUCUUGUCUAUGCUGGAGGAGGAGGUGUACAGCCAUAGUUCUCCGAUCUGGAGCCAAGACUUCUUGGCAGGAGCAUCAGGAGGGCAGAUUCCUAUUCACACAGUUAUCAGUGCGCCACCUGUGGCCAGGCCCUUGUAUUACAGCACAAGUCCUGUCUCAGUGGAUCCAUCCAGCUGUGGCAGCAUCAGUCCUGCCAGGAAAACAGCUUCUGUACUCGAGCCAAACCCAGUUGGUGAGAAGCGUAAACCCUCAGAACCCCUCUCCCACGAGGAAAACAAGAGACCCAGGGUGGUGGGUGACAUCCCCAUGGAGCUCAUCAAUGAAGUCAUGGCAACCAUCACUGACCCUGCCGCCAUUCCUGAGACUAGUCUGCUGUCAGCCCACUCAGCACGUGAUGAAGCUGCACGUCUAGAGGAACGCAGGGGUGUAAUUGAAUUCCACGUCAUCGGUAACUCCCUAAACCAGAAGCCAAAUAAGAGGAUCUUGAUGUGGCUCGUAGGCCUCCAGAAUGUGUUCUCCCAUCAGCUGCCCCGCAUGCCCAAGGAAUAUAUCACACGGCUGGUCUUUGAUCCGAAGCACAAGACACUGUCGCUGAUCAAGGAUGGCCGUGUGAUCGGAGGGAUCUGCUUCCGAAUGUUUCCCUCACAGGGCUUUACAGAAAUCGUCUUCUGUGCUGUCACCUCCAAUGAACAGGUCAAGGGUUAUGGAACGCACUUGAUGAACCACCUGAAGGAAUAUCACAUUAAGCACGAAAUCCUCAACUUCCUCACUUAUGCUGACGAGUAUGCCAUUGGCUACUUCAAAAAACAGGGUUUCUCCAAGGACAUCAAAGUUCCCAAGGCUAAAUAUGUGGGCUACAUCAAGGACUACGAGGGAGCUACACUGAUGGGCUGUGAACUCAACCCCAGCAUCCCCUAUACAGAGUUCUCUGUUAUCAUCAAGAAACAGAAGGAGAUCAUCAAGAAGCUGAUAGAGAGAAAGCAGGCUCAGAUCAGAAAAGUCUAUCCGGGGCUUUCCUGUUUUAAGGAAGGAGUACGGCAGAUUCCCAUUGAGAGCAUUCCUGGCAUACGUGAAACUGGCUGGAAGCCCAUAGGCAAAGGGAAGGAACUGAAGGACCCAGAUCAACUAUACAGCACUCUUAAGACCAUUCUCCAACACGUAAAGAGCCACCAGAAUGCCUGGCCUUUUAUGGAGCCUGUGAAAAAAACCGAGGCACCUGGGUACUACCAAGUCAUUCGCUUCCCCAUGGACCUUAAGACAAUGAGUGAACGUCUGAAGAGCAGGUACUACACGACGCGGAAGUUGUUCAUGGCUGACAUGCAGCGCAUCUUCACCAACUGUCGUGAAUACAACCCCCCAGAGAGCGAGUACUACAAGUGCGCCAAUUUACUGGAGAAAUUUUUCUACACCAAGAUCAAAGAGGCAGGCCUCAUCGAGAAAUAGAAGAAGACAGAAGAAGAAGAAGAAGUUGCUCCUUACCUUAAUAAACGAUGAGAUGGCCCUCAGACUGUAAACUGUUAUGGCUAGAUUGUGGGUAAUGCAAAUGCCAGCAUGGGCAAGGUAAGAAUAGGACUACUGAUUCUGGAGCAGUAAGGUUUCAGAAACAUAUCAGGCGUCUCAGAUCAACGCUCUUUAAUGUUUGAUGCAUGCCGGGCCAGAUCCUGAUUCAGUAGCUGAGACUGAUAUUUACACUGAAAGUUAGGCCACGAGGGAAGGCCUCUUUGAAGACCUGCAAGACUGUUGCUGAUACGAAACAUAAGAAGCACGGUGUCUUCGUAUUUCAUCACAUAUCCCAGGGUCCCAUGGAAAGAAAGGACAGUAAGAGGUGUAAUAGUAACGGAUAUUAAACAAGGCAGAACACUUCUGUUACAGUGGUGUGCAAAAAAGCAGAGAUUCACCACACCUUACUUAUGUCUCUCCAUCUCUUCCUUUUCAUACUUACAUCCUCUGCAUCUUCCUCUCAGUUGACUCAGGUAGAGAUGUCAUGAGCAGUAACCACAUAUACAGUGUGUGGUGUCAUUACACAAGUGUUACCUGUGAGGAAUGUGACUGAGAGGUCAGGUUUUCCUGUCUGUUUAACUCUGUUCUGUGCUGAACGUGCACAGCGCUGAUGAGGUCAAAGUUUGUCUGUGAUGAGUUCAUCCUGCCAAAAGAGGAAUACAUACUUUAAAUUUGUACAGAUUUUAAUUUUAAAGCACUUAUACCCACUGUAUAUUUUAAAUGUGUAUAUAACAUAUAUUUUCUGUUUCAUAACUAAAAAAGUAAUUGUUUUUUUUCUCAAUAAGCCACGUAGGACAGUUUGACUAUCAAAAUGCACUUUUAUUUUUCCAAGUAUUAGUUAACAUCUAUAAGAGCAUCUUCUUUUCCCCUGAAUUUGUUUUACAUAUAAAUUACUGCUGUUGACUAAGGACUAAUUUAAUUAUCUAGAGUUUAUUCUUAUUUAUGUGCUGUAAUUUAAAAGAAAAUAUGCUUAAGACAAAGUCUUAAUUUAUUCUUUCUUAAUUUUGUCCUGCAGAUGGAGAUUCCAAACUUUAUACUUUGGAGAUAAAUGAAAAGAUUGUGCAAUACUAUGUAGUUUUGCUGUUUUGUAAAAAGGUGUUUGUACUUUUCAAACUUUAGGGAAAAAAAUACAUUUUGUAAUGUCUGGAAAAAUCCUUUCAUGCUUUGUAUAAUUGGUUUUAAUGACAUAGUAUUAGCCUAUUUUAUAGACUGAAUAAAACAGAA